UAUGGCAACAUGGCGGGGGAUGACGAUGCCGAAAAGAGCUCCUCUAAAAUCUGCAAUGGUUGCCAAAAACCUGUAGUUAAUAGUAUUGUUAAGUGCAUAAAUUGUGAAAGUGUGUUCCAUAACUCAUGUGCCCUUCGAGUACCUGGGCUAGUGGCAGUAGGAAGAAAUAAUUUAGUGAAAUGCUGUCUGAAUGACAAUGAGGUUAUGAAAAACGGCGCGGAAUUUUGCGAAUUAAUAGAAGCCAAGAACGAGUUACUGAAAGGUAAAGAUGAUAUUAUUAUGGAAUUAAAGGCCAAGGAGGUUCUAUUAUAUAAAAACAUUCAGCUACUAGAAGAAAAAGUUGAUAUGUUUGUCAAGAAAAAUAAAAAUUCAGGACAUUUGGAAAGUCAAUCUGGCAACAGUGGAGCUGUCUCACCUUUGACAGCAACUUUGACAUAUGCCAACGUGACACAACAAAAACAAAGCAAAACCUCUAACAAAUCAUCCGGACAAGCAGCAGUACCCCAACAAAAUACAUCAAAAAAUGCCACUCUGGGAAGUCAAAAACAAGUCUCGACAUCCAAUAAAUUCAUUUCGUCCCAGCAAGUAAGCGCGGCUGUAAUGCAGGCCCAAACAGCUCACAAAAUACAUGAAAUUCAGCAGCUAACUGAAGAGGUUCAGGUCCAAAACAAUAAUAUGGGAUGGCAGCAGGUUAGAAAGAGGUCAAGUCGACGGUUUGUUGUAGGGAGGAAUCAGGAGAACUCACAAAUUAAAACGGUACCAAAAUAUGUAUCACUGCACGUUACAAGGCUGCAACCAGGGACAAAACCUGCCCAACUUAAGGCAUAUCUUCAAGCCAACUUUUCUGAUGUAAGCUGUGAAGAACAUGAGUCUAGACAUCCAAGUCUAUACUCAUCAAUAAAAGUAACAAUCCGCCAAGAAGACCUUAGAAGAGCUUGGAAUCGAGAAGUGUGGCCAAGCGGUGCAUUGGUGUCCCAUUUUUUUCAAAAGAGGAGGGUGCCACAAAUUCGCACGGACCCUCAGGAAGUGGAUCAAGUAAUAGCUCCAACAGAAACCUAAAGUUUUAUUAUCAAAAUGCCAGAGGAUUGAGAACGAAGUGCCACGAUUUUUUUGCUGCAGCUGCAGUAGAAAAUUAUGAUUUUAUUGCAAUAACUGAAAGUUGGCUGACAGAAGGGAUAAAGGAUAGUGAACUGGUAGAUCAACAAUAUACUGUAUUUAGGAAAGACAGGAGUAAUGACAAAACCAGGGGUGGUGGUGUCCUGCUGGCAGUAAAGAAGAAAUUUAGGGUCGAACCAGUUCAAAUUAAUGUAAGUUGUCAUAUUGAGUGCUUACUACUAAAAGUCAAAAUUAAAAAUGUAUGUUUCUAUUUAUGUCUUACAUAUUUACCUCCUAAUACAUGUGAUGAUGAUUA